UCGAGGUAAAAAAAAAAAUGUCUAUAAAUGGUCAACAAUCUUAACACAAAACACAACAAGUAUAUGAACAUAUCAAAGUAAAUAAACAAAAAAUAUAUUAGAACAUAAAAAGUAAACAAUAAACAUAAAUUUAAAAUUUAAAAAUGUCAGUAUCAAUAAAUGAAAUAUCGGAAAACGCAAAAUUAGCACGUGAUCUAGCACUAACGGGUAAUUAUGAAACAUCAGGUGUUUAUUAUCAAGGUGUAAUACAACAAAUAAAUCGAUUAUUGUCAACAAUUGUUGACACAAGUAGAAAAGCUAAAUGGCAAUUGGUACAGCAUCAAAUUGCUGAUGAGUAUGAUAAAGUUAAUGCUGCUGCACGCGCGAUACAAUUAUUCAAAGCUGAUGUACCCAUGGAAAAAGUAUUAGGUCCUUCAUGUUUACAAUAUGAAGAACCAUCACGAGAUUCAAGUUUAUGGUCUUCCGGUGGGUCAUCUUGGAAUGCCCACCAAACACGCGACCCUGAUGUAUGGCCUCCUUUAGCACCUGGAGAACAGAAAACUCCAAAAUCACAAAAUGGUAAUCGUAAGCCUCAAAAUCGUGUAGCGCCACGUAAAACAUCGUCGACGACCAUUAAAAAAACUGAUGUGAAGGGUAAUAACAAUAAAAAAGACGAGAAGAAAAAUUUAAAACGAGAUGAUAAAGAGAAAAAUGAUAAUGAACGCACUGAUGUUGUAGUGGAAGAGAAAAAAUUCGAGUCUUCUGGAAAUGAUCGUGAUCUUGUUGACUUAUUGGAGCGUGAUAUUGUCCAAAAAAAUCCAAACAUACAUUGGGAAGAUAUCGCUGAUUUGCAUGAAGCCAAGCGAUUGUUAGAAGAAGCCGUAGUUUUGCCGAUGUGGAUGCCAGAUUUUUUUAAAGGCAUCCGUAGGCCAUGGAAAGGAGUUUUGAUGGUCGGACCACCAGGUACUGGGAAAACUAUGUUAGCAAAAGCUGUUGCUACAGAAUGUGGAACGACAUUUUUCAAUGUUUCGUCGUCAACUUUAACGUCAAAAUAUCGUGGCGAGUCUGAAAAACUCGUGCGGCUUCUUUUCGAAAUGGCACGAUUUUAUGCUCCGAGUACAAUAUUUAUUGAUGAAAUCGACUCAUUGUGCUCAAGACGUGGAUCUGAAUCUGAGCAUGAAGCAUCAAGGCGUGUGAAAUCGGAGCUACUGGUUCAAAUGGACGGAAUAAGUUCCAAUAACGAUGAUCCGAGUAAAGUCGUCAUGGUCUUAGCAGCAACAAAUUUCCCAUGGGAUAUUGAUGAAGCUUUAAGACGUCGAUUGGAGAAACGUAUAUACAUUCCACUUCCUAAUGGUGAAGGCCGUGAGUCAUUAUUAAAAAUAAAUUUACGUGACGUUAAAAUUGAUCCAUCCGUUAAUUUAUCAGAUGUCGCUAAAAAACUUGCUGGUUAUUCUGGUGCAGAUAUCACUAAUGUUUGCAGAGAUGCAUCGAUGAUGUCAAUGAGAAAAAAAAUAGCUGGAUUGAAGCCUGAUCAAAUUAGACAGUUGCCUAAAGAAGAAUUAGAUUUACCCGUAUCAGCAGCUGACUUUUAUGAAGCCAUAGAACGAUGUAAUAAAAGUGUUUCUCAAGAAGAUCUUGAAAAAUAUGAUAAAUGGAUGAGUGAAUUUGGUUCCUCAUGAUAAAAAAUGCCAUCAAAAGUGAUGAUAAUCAUUAUUAUAAAAAUGUAUGUACGUGAUGAGAGAUGAUAAUUAUUCAGUUUUAAUUGUCUUGAACUUGAACAAACGUCUUGUUUGAAUUCAAUAAUGUUCGAUAGUUUUAAGACGGCCUUUUCCUAAUCAGGAAGUAUACAUAAUUUCAUAUGAUAUAAGUAAUCAAUAGACCUUUAAUUUUAUAAAUUAUUACUGCGAUGAUAUUGUAGUGGCAUUUUAUCGCACUACUAAAAUAAAUUAUUCAUAUUAUAUGAAAUUGUAUAUAUUAUCAAAUUAAAUUAAAAAGUGAUUAAUAUAAAAUAUAUCUAAAUUUUGUUUAUAUUUUAA